AACACCCAACCCAUCAACAUCAUCAUCCAACAACUCAAAAGCGCCUCCGAAACCUCCCUCGCCGCUGUCAAACCCUCCACCUCCGAAAUCCUCGACUUCUCAUGCACCCACACCCUAAACAGCGGCAUCUUCGCCUCCCUCCCCAUCACCGCCACCGUGGACGCCAAUGGCGCCGGCAACCUCACCAUCGGCUCAACAACAUACACCGUCCACCAAGACCCCACCACCUCAGGUGGUAUCACCUGUGCAAGACUAUACGACGACCUCGAAAGCUUCUUGACAUGCAGCGUGCCCGUGCCGGUGUCUCUCUCGCUGACACCGGCUGAUUCGCAGAAUCGCACGUCGUGUUUCAAGGAUAUCUCGGGGUUGAGUCUGUACAGGGCUUAUGGAGCGAUUGUUGCGCAGCAAGGGAAGGGGUCAGCUGCUCCUGCUUCUUCUUCUUCGCGCAGCCAGACAUCCUCUUCCUCUUCCUCUAAUACCUGUUCAAACAAGAUCAACACCACCCUCGUCGGAGACGGAAACCCGCACCAGAACUACCUUAAUAAACAGCUGAGCCCAAACACAAACUGCACAACAACCCCAUGCACCCUCCCCUCAGCCUCACCAAACAGCCCAUCCUACAGCACCACAAUCAACUGGACUUCCUCCGCGACAGCAGCCCAUUGGACGAGCGGCGGCUUCCCCGUCACCCAGUCGUGGACCACGCCGCCCAGCGGGAACAACCAUUCCUGUUCCGGGGGCGCAGGCGACACGGUUUGUCUGUGGUACAGCACGGCACACACAGCGUACACCGUGCAGAACGAGGGCGUGGGAUCCGAUGGAUGUGCCGGAGAUGGAGGGAAAGGGCUCAGCAAUAGUCAGUUCGUGAUGUUCUCGCCGAAUAAGGAUAACAAGGGUGGCGGGGGUUAUUAUUGUGCGGUUGGGUUCUGUGGUGGGUUGGGAGGGGAGUGGUGGGAUUAUGGGGGG